AUGACGCUAUAUCAACCUCCCUCGGACGGCUUCUGGACAAGACUAGACCGCCGUCUUCGAGUAUCCGAGUACGCCCAAGACAGAUCAAGCAACCAUGAUCUCGACCCUGUGCCUCCCGCCGAACGCACCUGGACCGGUCUCGACUUCACAACCUACUGGAUCUCCGACAACUUCUCCCCGCAAGGCUGGCGCAAGGUCGCCUCGCUGGUGACGAUAGGCAUGUCCUGGCGCACCGCGCUCAUCAACGUCGCGAUCUCCGACAUCGUCGUCGGCGCGGUUGUCACCGCAAACGGCUACUGUGGCGCGCGCUACCGCGUGCCGUUCGCGAUCCAGUCCCGCGUCUCGUUCGGGUACUAUAUGAGUUGGCUGCCGAUUCUGCUGCGCUGUAUCGUCGGCAUCUUUUGGUACGGCAUCGCGGCUUAUACGGGCGGCGAGUGCGUGCGGUCGAUGCUGUACGCGAUCUGGCCGUCGUUUAGGAACCUCAAGAACCAGCUGCCGGAGAGUGCAAAUAUUGAUACGCAGAUGAUGAUCUCGUACUUUAUCUACUGGCUCUCGAUCUUACCCCUGCACUACGUGCACAUCUCCAAGAUCCGCUGGCUGUUCACGCUCAAGUCGAUCACGCUCCCGAUCGUCGGCUUCGGCAUCAUGGGCUGGACAAUCAAGCACGCGGGGACGGGAAACAACUCGCUCUGGAGCCAGGGCAACACCGUCCACGGCUCGGCCUUCAGCUGGGUGUUUAUGCAGGGCCUGUACUCCAACAUUGGCGGCUGGGCCACGCUCGGCAUGAACUCGCCAGACUUUACGCGGUACGCCAAGCGGCCGCGCGACUCGCUCUGGAUGCUGAUCGCGCUGCCGGCGUCCGCCACGCUGAUUGCGUUCUUUGGCGUCGUCAGCGCGGCGGGCUCGAUCACGCUCUAUGGAUCCGUGCUCUGGGAUCCGCUGCUGUUUAUCGACAAGUGGACUUCUGCCGGUGGCCGCGCGGCCGCGUUCUUCUGCGCGCUCGGGUUCUACUUUGCGCAGGCGACCAACAACAUCUCUGCAAACUCGAUCUCGGCCGCAAACGACCUCAACUGCCUGUUCCCGCGGUACAUCAACAUCCGCCGCGGCCAGUUCAUCGUCUCCGUGCUGGGCACGUGGGCGCUCACGCCCUGGAACGUGCUCACCUCGGCCACCAGUUUCCUGUCGUUCAUGUCCGGCACCGCCGUCUGGCUCGCUCCGCUCUGCGGCAUCCUCAUCUCGGAUUUUUACCUCGUGCACCGCCGGCGCUACGACGUCUGGCAGAUGUACGACUCGCGCGGAAUAUACAGAUACAACAAGUUCGGCACGAACUUUGUCGCGCUCGCGGCGUUCACGAUCGGUUGGGCGCCGCUGCUGCCGGGGCUGCUGCCGAAGGUAAACUCGAACAUCACGGUCCCGGUCGGGGUCGAGAGGCUUUACUACUGCGGGUACUUUUACGGGUUCUUGUCUGCGGCGGGAAGUUACUGGUUGCUGAGUAUGGUGUUUCCGGCGCGGAGGACGAUGCUCAAGCGGGGGGUGUUUCCGGACGACGAGCCGUAUGUUGUCCGGGACGAGGGUGAGGACGAGAUCGACGAUGAGAACCGGCCGAGCUCGACGGAGGGCACGGUUGAGUGCGAGGAGAAGAAGCAGGAUCUGUAA